CACAGCAGUCAGUGACAAAAAAUUUAAAAAUUAAAUUUCUGAGGAAAAAUCUCGUAAUUUUUGACUAUUGAAUGGUCAAAAACAUCAAUUAAUUGACCUUUUUGUAAUUUUUAUACGUACUUUUACGUAAAACCUGUUAGUUUUCGCGUGUUUUCGUGUCAAUUAAUCCCACGUUUUUUUUUUGUUUUGCGUUUUAAUCAUGGCUGGCUUGGACCUUGCUAUGUUAUUUGGCGACGAUUGCGAUCCCGAAUGUCUUCCAAUGGCAUCUUCGGGACUCGAAUCUGAGCAAAUUGAUGAAGAAAGUCAAAGUGUUGAGGCAAUGAGUCAAUCUGAGGGUCAAAAAUCGCCCAUUAAUGACGUCGUUGAUGAAGAAUCGGGCUACACAACAGCUACUUUGCAUCAGGAAAAUGCGGAAAAUGAGGCUUCUGGGUCUGAAGAGGACGAAGAAAACGAAGAUCUUUCGGAAAAUUCUUCAAAUGAGGAAAAUUCGGAUGAAAAGAUGAACGAUUUUGAGAGUUCUGAAGAUGAUGAGCCCAUUAUUGAUGGCGAUGUUGACUUUGAUGACGAGAUGGAAGCUGAAUCGGGGGGAUUUUUGAAGGAAUUUCUCUUUUAUGCGUCGCCACAGAAGGAAAUUGGGGAGAAAAAUGCUCAAACAUCGACUCCUUUGCGUGAUGUUGACGACAAAAAAGCUUUGAAUUGGACUCAAAGUACAAUUUCUCAAGUUACUUCGGCACAAAAAACGAAGCAACCUCUUCCCGCAGGCUUUCAAGUGAUGAAAAAACGUCGAAUUAGCGAAUCUUCUACCGUUGAAGAUGAAUUUCCUGUUCCCAAUUACAAAUCCUCCGAAGUCACAAUCGGUUUUAAUCGUCAUUUGCAGGAACUUGAAGCUCUUUUAGCUGACAACGAUGCCUUGCCCGAUACAGAAGAUGCCAAAGACACCUCCGAAGAAGAUCACAAGAUGGCGCUUCAAGUCAAAGAAGCUCUCAAAACGGGCUCCGUCGAAUCGUGGGAGCGUCUUGUCGAUCAACUAUCGAAAGUUCGCGGAAGUUACGGCAAAGAAAAAGACGCAGAGUUCUUUCACGAUCGUCGUCGAAUCUUCAAUCGACUCAAAACGACAUACGAUUCGCUCAUGAGUCGUCCAGGACCUGAUGAAUUGGAGCCAACGCCGCGACGGAUGAUCAAACAGCUGAAGGAGCAUCAACAAAAUGCCCUGAAAUUCAUGCUUUGGCGAGAAACGCAAGAUCCGUGCGGAGGUAUUUUGGCAGAUGACAUGGGUUUGGGGAAAACUGUCAGUAUUGUUGGGUUGGUAAGAGCAACUUUAGAGCAAGAACCAAAAGGAAUGAAAUUACCUCCGGGUAUAAAGUACAUGGGAGGGACUUUAGUUGUUUGUCCGCCUUCGAUUACGCAACAAUGGGCGGAUGAGUUUUCUGAAAGCACAAAUGGAGUGUCUGUUUAUGUGCAUCAUACAGAAUCCAAAGUCAAGUCUCCCGAUGAAUUCUUACGCUAUCACGUUGUCAUCACGAGCGACACAAAAGUCUCUUAUGAAAUGAGUGGCGGCAAAAAACUCCUUUUCGGCGUCUAUUGGAAGCGAAUUGUUGUCGACGAAGCUCAUCGUAUGCGAAAUUACAAAACACAACUCUCAAAAUCCAUUUGUUGCUUGCACGGCAAACUUCGUUGGAUUCUCACGGGAACUCCGAUCCACAAUCGUGUCGACGACGUUUAUCCUUAUUUGAUCUUUUUGCGAUGCGAUCCCUUUGACGAGCGCAACAUCUUUUUAAAAUGGGCGAAAAGUACUUGGGGUCGAGGCGAAGGUCGAAUUAACGUCAUUUUGAAGUCGUUGAUGAUCCGUCGCACGAAGGAGGAGUUGAAUCUCGUGCCAUGCUCGAAAAUUAUCGAACAUUUCGAGUAUGAGUUGGAUGCGAAGGAAUCAGAGUGCUAUCAACGUUUGAUGAGUGUCUCGACGAUGAUGAUGAAAAUCUUCUUGAACAAUCGAGCCAUGAGACGUCACGAAGAGCCCAUUUAUCACGAUAAAAAUCUCUACAAAGUCGCUCAAAUCAUGAGAAAACGCAUGCAUGACGUGAUGAAUUUUCAAAAUAUCCUCGUUUUGCUCUUGCGUUUGCGGCAAAUGUGUGCGCAUCCGUGCUUGAUUCGAUCGAUGCUAUCUCAAGUAAAGACUCAAACCGAGUCUUUAGAUGCCGAAAUGGAUCAAAUUCGUGCCGAAGACGAACAUGUAAUGAACGCUGUGAUCAACGACGCCAUUGAAGAUCGCGAAAUCUUCAACAUUAACAACGAAAUUUUCAACGAUGAACGCCCUAGUACCAAAAUCCGCAUGCUUUUGCACAUUUUGAAAGAACGUUUCAUCCCGACAAAAGACAAAGCCCUGAUCGUAUGCGAAUGGACUUCUUACUUGCACAUCAUUGCCGACUAUUUAUCGCAACUUUCGCUGAGUUACGUCUUCUACACAGGCGAAACUGACAUGCAAGAACGCCCGGAAAUCGUAAAACGCUUCAAUAGUGACUGCAUGAAUCCCCGAAUUUUGUUGCUCUCGUUAAAUUGCGGCGGCGUCGGAUUGAAUUUGACGAAAGCGAAUCACAUUUUCUUCAUGUGCACGCAUUGGAAUCCGCAAAUUGAGCGACAAGCUGAAGAUCGUUGCUAUCGAAUCGGGCAGGAACGCGAUGUGCAUAUUUACAAGUUUCGCGCCGAGGGAUCCAUCGAAGAGCGAAUUCAUCAGUUGCAGGAAAAUAAGCUGAAAAUGGCGGAUAAGAUGUUGACGGGAGCCACGGGCAACAAUUAUCAAUUGACUAUCAAGGAUCUCAAAUCCCUUUUUGGAUUGUAAUUUAUUCUCUGACGUACUUAAAUUUUUUUCUCAAUGAUUUUUCCUUUUAAUUUGUGUUAUUAUAAUAAAGAGAUUUAGA